AAUGCCACGUCGGGUUGGAUACAGGGGCCGUGUGGGGUACAGGGGCAGGACAGGGUAUGACAGUAGGAGAAAUAGGAGCCGGUACUACAGUUCUUACUAUCCCGGGUACUACACGUAUAACAGGUACGGCCUCGGUCGCCGCCGAUCGUAUCCAUGGAUGAGGGACCUGGAGGAGAUGUCAGCCUCCUCGAGGAGACAAAGGGAGAGGAUCACAAGGGAGCGGGAGGAGAGUGAGGAGAGACAGCCCUCAUCUGCCAAUACUAGGGAGAAGGAAAAAAGAGAGAAAGAAAGAGAAAGAAGAAAGAAAGAAGAAGAAAGACUAGAGAAAGAGAGAAAAGAAGCUGAAGAAUUGCUAGAAAAAAUGAAAGAAAAGGAGAAAAAGGAAAAAGAAGAGCGUGAGAGGUUGGAAAAGGAGAGAGCUAGCAAGAGACCUGUAAACAUUAAGGACGUAGACUUUGACAUCCAGAACAACUGUAAGGCCCACCACACUGAUAAGUUUGAGUUGACUCAGCUCCCAGAGGGCAAACGAGAGCUCAUCAUCCGCAGAGGCCAGGAAUUCAAUGUCAUCCUAAAACUGGACCGGGAAUACAACAAAACAAAGCAUGAUCUGUUUCUUCACUUUACAACAGGGGCAAACAGUAAUUUAACUAAUGGAACUGAUGUUACCGUGGCAGUGGACAAGAGUGGUCGACAGAACAUAGACCCAAACAGCUGGUACGCUCGUCUGGCCGGUCAGGAUAAGGAGUCUGUCACCCUGGGGGUGUGGGCCCCAGCUAACUGUAUCAUAGGGGAGUGGUCACUCUUCAUCUCCGCUGAGAGCAAAACUGGGGAAAACAAGGUCCAUAAGGAUGAGUUUGAGUGUCCAGCUGACAUCAACAUUCUCCUGAAUCCUUGGUGUAAAGAUGACCUUGUAUAUAUGAAGAACACAGACUUGUUAGAAGAAUAUGUACUAAAUGACCAGGGUGCAGUUUUCCAGGGCAGUUCUGACAUGAUUGGGGCAAAAGUCUGGAAUUAUGCUCAGUUUGAAGAAGGAAUUUUGGAGGUGUGCUUUUCCCUGCUGAGGAAAUCUCAUGAUUAUACUGUAGGACCACACAUGUCUAACUUAGUAACCAUUGCCAGAGCUAUAUCUGCCAUUAUAAACUCUAAUGAUGAUGAUGGGGUGUUGGUUGGUAACUGGUCUGGUGAUUACUCAGAUGGUAAGAGCCCUACAUCGUGGAUUAGCAGUGCUGACAUUCUGCUGCAGUAUGCAAGGUCAAAAGGUGAAGCAGUCCGGUACGGGCAGUGCUGGGUCUUCUCUGCCGUGGUAACUACAGUAUGUCGAGCCAUUGGCAUGCCCUGUAAGAGUGUGACCUGCUUUGACUCGGCACAUGACACUGAUGGUAGCACAACCAUUGAUGUCGUGUUCAAAAGAAAUUCUGAUGGGAUGCUUGAAAAAGAUGAAAGAAGAUCAAAUGAUUCCAUCUGGAAUUUCCAUGUAUGGAAUGAGGUGUGGAUGGCCCGUCCUGACCUUGAGGAUGAGUACUGUGGAUGGCAGGUGAUAGAUGCUACACCUCAGGAGUUAAGUAAUGGAAUUUACUGUUGUGGACCAGCUCCUGUGGCGGCCAUUAAGACUGGUAACUGUAAGAUGAUGUACGACCUUCCUUUUGUUUUUGCGGAAGUGAACUCAGACCACAUCCGAUGGGAGUAUGUUAACAAACAUACAUGGAUCAACAUGGGCAUAAACACAUCUGUGACUGGCACAAAGAUCUACUCCAAGAAACCCGAUGGUAAACCUUACACAGAAUCACUGACCAUUUCUCGCUGCUUAAAAGAUGUCCCACAUGAUGUGACUUCAGAUUACAAGUUCCCAGAAGGGUCAAGAGAAGCACAAAGAGCAGUUGAUAAUGCAGCACAAUCUUCUUUGGUACACCGAGGAAAACCAAGUCCCAAAGAUGUGACAAUAGAAUUUGUGAAGACUGAUGGGAUAAUGGUAGGACAGGAUUAUUCCCUGGAAUUUAAAAUCACCAACACCAGCAGUCAGAAGAGAGAUAUCUCCAGGCUACAUCUAGAGCUCUACUCCAAAUUCUACACAGGAGAAAUUAAAUCCAAAAUCCUCUUCAAACCUCUCGCAGGCUUUACAUUGGCGGGAAAAGAAAGUAAAACAAUAAAGGAGAGUGUCCCCUCCAGUGUCUAUCUUAACAAAAUAGCAGAACAAGCCAAUAUGGAAGUCAUCAUCUCGGCCACGGUUACCAGGGAGAAUAACAGCACAGAAAACAUUGUCAAUGUGGACAACUUUAGACUAAGGAGACCGGAUAUUGAAAUCAAAAUGCCCAGUAGCUGUAAAAAGGGAGAAGAAAUUACAGCUGAACUCAGCUUUAAAAACUUUUUACCUGUCCCAAUGACCAAGUGUGUUUUGUAUUUAGGUGGAGCGGGAUUUGAAAAAAUAAAGGAAAUUCCACAAAAAGAUGUCCCCGCCCACUCUGAAUGGAGCCUCUCUGUGAAGGUCAAGGCCAGGAGAGUCGGUAUGGAACAGUUCUCUGCUACGUUUGACAGUCUGGAAGUCCCAGACAUCUCUGGCAGAGCUGAAGUCCAGGCACCAUCAAAGACAGUCAAGAUGUAUACAAGACUUUAUCGGAAUGGAAAUUUCACCCCGUUGCUGACCGAAAGCACUCAAGAAUGCGAGGAACCGACGACGACAGUUGUGCGGAAUAUUGCCACAUACGGGCCACCACGAACAAGGGAAGAACCAUGGGCACGGGAUGAGCGCCUUGCCAAACCUUUGACUACAUCAACAGUAGACACGGCAAAAAAUGUUGAAGAAAAAGAGGAAAAGGCAACAAAGGAAGAACUUUCCAAGGAACUACAUGUGGAUUCAGUCGACUUAAACAUUGAAGACAAUGCCAAAAAUCACAGAACUGCCCUUUACGCUCUUACACAAUCUCGUAAGGAUCAAGACGGAAAAACUCUACCCCCGGAGCUGGUAAUUAGACGUGGUCAAAAUUUUAGAAUCAAAAUCAACUUCAAUCAACCCUUCUUACGUGACAAACACCCACUACAACUAGUGAUGAUGACAGGAAAAUUUCCAAAGCCAUCAGAUAAUACAUUAGUUCAGCUUGAGCCUCUGAAAUCAGAGAAAACAGAACAUGGCUGGAAAUGUCACAUAAAGGAGACCAAAGAAUCCUUCGUUCGUCUGGACAUUACACCGUCCAGUUCUUGUGUCAUUGGCGAAUGGUCACUGGGCAUCGUGACGUCAUCAUCUGAUAAAUCGUCUGACAAAGCAUAUUGUUAUGAGGUUUCGGAAGACAUUAAUAUUCUGCUGAAUCCUUGGUGUAAAGAUGACCCAGUGUAUCUCUCUGAUGAGAAACUUUUGGAUGAGUAUAUUCUGAACGACAAAGGAGUUGUAUACUGUGGUAACUAUCGACAAAUCGGAGGAAGGACAUGGAAUUUUGGUCAGUUUGAGGAGGGUAUCCUGGAAAUUUGCUUUCACCUUCUACGGAGAGCUCAUGGAAACACCGUGAACGCAAAAGGGAUGUUGGAUCCGAUUCAGAUUUCACGCACCAUCAGUAAAAUUAUAAACUGCCAAGAUGAUGAUGGGGUACUUGUUGGAAACUGGAGUGGAGACUACAGUGACGGCCGGAAACCGACUCACUGGUCCGGAAGUCCAAAAAUAUUGCGUCAAUAUGAGGAAAAUGGCGGGGAUCCCGUUUGUUUUGGUCAAUGCUGGGUAUUCUCGGGACUCGUGACUACAGUUUGUAGAGCGCUAGGCCUGCCUGCAAGAAGCGUGACAAACUUUAGUUCUGCUCACGACACAGAUUGUAGCCUCACCAUAGAUACCGUCAUGCGUAAAAACGAAAAUGGAAAAUUGGAAAAAGUCCCAGAACUCUCCAACGAUUCAGUCUGGAAUUUUCACGUCUGGAAUGAAGUAUGGAUGGCUCGCAAAGAUCUGGGAAGCACCUACGAUGGGUGGCAAGCAAUAGAUGCUACACCCCAGGAACUUAGUGGAAAUGUGUACUGCUGUGGCCCAACAUCAAUCGCAGCCAUUAAGAAGGGCGAGUGUUCUCUGAACUACGACACAGGCUUCGUAUUUGCCGAGGUCAAUGCCGACAAAAUGAUUUGGCAGGUCCUGGAAGAUGACAAGUGGCAGCUACUGUAUUCAGAUACAAACGACGUUGGUAGAUGCAUCAGUACGAAAAUUGCUGAUGGCGAACCUUUUUCUGCGACGCAAGGAGUAGGAGCCGAGAAAUCCAGGGAGGACAUUACGGAACAUUACAAAUAUAAAGAGGGUACGUUAGAAGAAAGAAUUACAGUUACCCGUGCCUCUACGAUGUCCAAGAACGACCGAAAGCUGCUAAAACCCAUGAACAAGGAUAUAAAAGUGAGUCUUUUGGACGAGGAUGGAAUAAUGGUGGGCGAGAAUUUUACGGUAAAAGUCAAAAUAAAGAAACUAUGUGAGGAGGAGAGGACCAUUGCUAGUCUGACAAUAGACGUCUUCACAAAGCGCUACACUGGCGAAAUCGUCUCCAAGGUCACUAGUCAUAGCUUCAACGACAUCGUCCUUUCUGGAAAGUCUGAAGAAGAACAUACUAUCAAGCAUGAAGUUACAGGAAAAACAUACAUACCAUUUCUUGUUGAGCAGUGUGCCAUGGAAAUUCGUGUCAGCGCUUUUGUCCAAGAAACCGGUGCAAUGUACAUGAAGACGGAUGACUUCCGCUUAAGAAGGCCCGACCUGUCUUUUGAUGCUCCAUUACUAACAUUUAAAGGAGAGCCGUUUGAUUUAACGGUAUCUUUUAAGAACUCACUUCCCUAUAAACUGACAGAAUGUAAGCUUGACCUGGAUGGAGUGGUAGAAGAUGAAGAAAUGGAUAUGCCGGACAUUCCAGGCAACUCUGUGUGGAAAGAAAAGAUUAAGGUCACGGUGAACAGAAGCGGGCGCCAUCAGAUAAGUGGUAGCUUUGACAGCAAGGAACUGGUGGACAUUUCCGGAUACAUCAACCUGCAAAUACAGGAUGAGCCGUGACCUAUUCCUUGUGCACAUUUUACUCUUACUUUUACACCUUCAGGUGAAACUUAGGGUAUUAGCUCUGUGGCUACUGAGCUACUCAUAGAUAGUGCAAAUUGCAAAUGCAUAUCCACAUGGAUUUCUAAGACAAAAACAUUUUAGAGAUGACUGAAAUCAUCAAUCCUUCCUACUAUGCUUUCAGGAAACAUGACCCCCGUUAAUUUGUGUAAUAGGGUCAUUCUAUUUUAACUGUAAGAUCUUUCUUAUGUUAUGCUAUAGAGUUAGCCAAAACAAAAGCAUUUCAUAAGAUUCAGAAAUGCUCUUUUCAUAUUCAAAAGUCAAUGAUUUUUAUUUUGCAAUUUUUUUUUCCCUCAAAUUUCCCCGGUAUAUUUUGUAUUUGUAACAUAACUAUGAACUUUACAUCAUAAAAGAUAUUCACCGUUACUAACAAUGCUUCCUACAGAGCAUCAUUGACUUAUUUCAAAGAUGUAUUCUUUUUCUUUUAGAAAUUUCUCCUAACCUAAGCACAGAUAAAUCUAAUUUCAUUUUAGUUUUUAAUGAUGUUUUUUUUAUACACCUCAAGUUUAGAUUCAUUUUAAAUUAUCUAGAUACAUUUUUAUAACGUUGUCUUAUCUGAAAAACACUGAAUAAAAACACACUAUAAUACAUAAA